AUGGAACAGCUCAGCAUGGGGAGUGCUCUAGAGACCCUUAGUGGACAAGCGUUUGGAGCAGGGCAAGUAAGCAUGCUCAGCAUUUACAUGCAACGUACAUGGAUCAUCCUCAUCAUCUCCUCCAUCCUCAUGUCACCGAUCUACAUCUUUGCGACCCUCAUCCUCUCCUUCCUUGGCCAACAAUCUGAUAUUGCCUUCCUCGCUGGCCGCUUUGCUCUUCUUAUUCUCCCCCAACAAUUUGCCAUGGCCAUUUCCUACCCUUCCCAAAAGUUCCUCCUAACUCAAAGUAAGGUCCUGCCUCUUGCAUUCAUUGCUUUCAUAUCUCUUGUUCUUCAUCUUUGUGCGCUUUGGUUCUUCACCUCUGUCUUGGAAUGGGGCUCAACUGGGGCAGCUAUAGCCUUUGAUGUGUCUUCAUGUGCAAUGGCUUUGUUUCAAGUGAUCUACAUUAUGUUUUGGUGCAAGGAUGCAUGGAAUGGUUUUUCAUGGUUUGCUUUCAAGGACUUGUGGCCUUUCAUUAAGCUCUCUCUCUCAUCUGCUUUCAUGCUUCUCUUGAGUGAUUGGUAUGGUGCUCUUGUGGUGUUUCUCACUGGCCUCCUAAACAAUGCACAGGUUACAGUUGCAUCAGCCUCCAUAUGGCUGAACAUAAAUAGUUGGGAGUAUAUGUUGGUCACUGGAUUCUUGUCGGCAACAAGUGUGAGGCUGUCAAAUGAGCUUGGAUCAGGCCGGCCGAUGGCAGGGAAGUACGCGGUCAUCGUAUCUGGCUUGACAACACUAUUCAUCAGCCUUAUCUCAUCUUCAUUGAUCUUGGCAACCUGGGACAAGUUCCCAUUGUUGUUCACCAGCAGCAAAGAAGUACAAGAUUCAGCCUCUACUGCAGUAUACCUCCUUGCCAUUGUCUUGAUGAUUACCGCCAUUCAAUCUACAUUAAUAGGUAAAAAGAAAUUUGGGGUUGCACAUAAAGAUCAAUCACCGGAACCGGAUGGCAAGGUCUUGUUGCUUAUAUUAGCAUAG